AUGUCUGCUGCCAGCUGUCUUCUAUCGAAAGAUCAGUUUCUGUGCUCCAUCUGUCUGGAUGUCUUCACUGAUCCAGUCUCCACACCAUGUGGACACAACUUCUGCAAAAACUGCAUCAGUCAUCACUGGGAUAUCAGCUACAGGUGUCAAUGUCCUUUGUGUAAAAAGGUGUUUGAGACCACACCUGAGCUGCACAUCAACACUUUCAUCUCUGAGAUGGUUUCUCAGUUCAGACAUGAAGCUCAGCAGAAAGUCAGCAGCAGCAGCGCAGAGCAACAAGCUGCCAAACCAGGAGAAGUUCCCUGUGACAUCUGCACUGGAACCAAACUGAAGGCCCUGAAGUCCUGCCUGGUGUGUCUGGCCUCCUACUGUCAGACUCACCUGGAGCCUCAUCUGACAAUGAAAGGUCUGAAAAGACAUCAGCUGAUCGAUCCUGAGGAGAACCUGGAAGGCAGGAUGUGUAUGAAGCAUGAUAAUCCUCUGGAGCUGUUCUGUAAGACCGAUCAGACAUGUGUCUGCGUGCUCUGCUCUGUUAUAGACCACAAGACUCAUGAGUUUGUUCCUCUGAGAGAAGAAUGUGAAGGAAAGAAGGCAGAACUGGGGAAGACUGACGUCUGA